AUGGCGCCUGUUGCCAGCUUGGCUGGUAGCUCAGGGCGGUCAGCGGGUCGCAAGCGCGAUCACAGAGGCGGUGAUGUAGCUGCCUCGACGAAGAAUGACGGCGAGUCAUCGGUCAGUCUGCCUCUUGAACAGAAGGCGUCAGCGGCGAGCCGGCCGAGACAAGCGGAGAAAGAGCUCGCGCUGGAUCUCGAUGACGAGGACGUUGAAGAAGACCUAGAAGAGGAUGAUGAAGGCGUAGACGCUUUCCCCGAGAUCGACCCCGAGCUUAGCGAGGUCGAGGAUGGUACGGAAGAAGGUAGCAAUGAAGAUGAGAAUGAUGGAAGAAGUGAUGCGGAUGUAGUUGAUGGCUCGGAGGCAGAGUCCGAAGAGGGCUUUGAUAGCGAAGAAGUCGACAAUUGGGACGAGGAUGAGGAGGAUGGACCUGGCCUCGAUCAUCGAAACUCAUCCCAGCGCUGUACCCUACUUAUAGCUCUGGCGGAUGAGCUGGCAGAGGCAUCAGCAUCAGACUCGGAGGUACAGCGGAAUCUGGACGACAUGGUCGCUAGGCACACGUUCAAGCCUGACGAGACCGCACCCACCUACAAUUCGCUGGGGCAGACCGAGUCGGAGGCUGCCCCUUCUAUCUUCCGCAAAAAUCAGAACGCGGAUGGAAGUGCGCGAGGCGAAUUUAGGAUUAGCGCAGUAACCGGACAGCCCAAACGCGUAUAUCCAAAGAUCGAGGCGGAUUACGAUUCCGACGAUAGCACAGAGGAUGCGCCAAACAGAAUUGGCAACGUGCCGAUUGAAUGGUACGAUGACAUGCCGCACAUUGGCUACGAUGUCAAUGGCAAGAAGGUCAUGCGACCAGCACAAGGUGACGAGCUCGAUCGCUUUUUGGCUACACAAGAAGAUCCUGACAGUUGGAUGAGUGCAGAAGAUCGCUUGACAGGAAAGAACGUCAAGUUGAGCGAUGAGGAGCUCGACAUCAUUCGCAGGUUACAGCAAGGCGAAAUUCCGGACGCUGCGUAUGACCAGUACGCCGACUACCAGCCAUGGUACACGGGACCAGGCAAGCAAUUGGACAUGCCACUCACGAACAGGCCAGAGCCCAAGAGCCGGUUCGUACCGAGCAAAUGGGAGCACAAGAAGGUGAUGAAGAUUGUCCGAGCGAUUCGACAGGGCAGGAUCACUUCCCGCGCGCCUCCAGAGGUCAAGCCCGAGUUCUACAACAUCUGGAACGAUUCGGACGAGCCUCGUGCCGAUCAUCCUAUGCACAUGCCAGCUCCCAAGCAAGCCUUGCCAACCCAUGCAGAGUCGUACAAUCCUCCAGCGGAAUACUUGUUCUCCGAACAGGAGCGCAAAGAGUGGGAAGACGCCGAACCAGAAGAUCGAAAGAUGACUUUCAUGCCCGCGAAGUAUGGAUCGUUCCGCCUCAUUCCUGGGUACAAAGACGGCCUCAAAGAGCGCUUCGAGCGUUGUCUUGAUCUCUACAUGGCUCCACGUAUGCGCAGAGCCAAGCUGGACAUUAAGGAUGCCGAAUCUCUGAUACCCAAACUCCCAGCUCCCAGAGAACUGAGGCCAUUUCCGACUGUUACAUCCCUCGUCUAUCCUCAUCCCGGCGGGAUCAGGGUAAGGUGUCUUGCGUUCGACCCGCGAGGGCAAUGGCUCAUCACUGGAGCGGAGGACGGUAGAGUCAGGCUGUGGGACACCGCCAUUGGUAGGUGUGCCGCUGUGUGGGACGUGUGGGCCGGUGCCCCAGCAGCAGAUCGAGCGCCCGUCUAUGGCCUCGAUUGGUGCCCCAACAAGAGCUACUCAUUUUUUGCAGCCACCAGCACUGGGAGAGUACUGCUCGUCGCACCGCCGCAGUGCACGCCAGGCCAUGCAGCGACACAAACGCCUUCAUUCCUGUACGCAACUGCUGGUUACCAGCCAGCUGAAGCUUCGAAUCCACCUGCCGGAACCAAAGCACCAGCUUCCAAGUGGACUCGCCCAACGGAUGGUCAAAGGGCCAUCGGCGUGGCUGCAUUGAUCGAGGUCGGUGGGACUCCAAAAGCGCUUGCAUGGCACGCUAAGGGAGACUACCUAGCUACCGUAGCAUCCGAUGCCGGCUCAUCGUCGGUCCUCAUCCACCAAAUAUCCAGGCAAAGGACGCAAGCGCCUUUCGCGAGGGCUGGCAAGGGAAGCUCCGUGCAGAAGGUUGUCUUCCAUCCUCUAAGGCCACACCUCUUCGUCGCUACUCAGAGAUUGAUCAGAGUGUACGACCUGGCUGCUCAGGCACUGACAAAGACGCUGCAACCUGGUGUCAAGUACAUUAGCAGCAUGGACGUGCACCCUCGCGGCGAGCAUCUCAUCAUCGGCUCCUACGAUAGACGUCUCGUAUGGUUCGACAUGGAGCUGUCUACGCGACCAUACAAGACUUUGCGUUAUCACUCUCGAGCUCUUCGAGCAGUCGCCUUCCACCAUAGCUACCCGCUGUUUACCAGCGUCAGCGACGAUGGCACGGCUCACGUGCUGCACGGAACAGUCUACAACGAUCUGACCACCGCUCCUUUGCUCGUUCCGCUCAAGGUACUCAGAGGACACAGCGUGUCGGCAGGUUUGGGCAUUCUCGACGCAAAGUGGCAUCCCACGCAACCAUGGCUCGCCACUGCCGGCGCGGAUGGUGAGGCGCGCCUAUGGACUAUUUGA